AUGGAUAAUGUCAAGCAAAGUAUAGAAGAAGUAACCGAGAAGGUGAAGAGCUUGACUGCUGAACUUACUGCCUUCACAGCAGAAUCGAGAAGGUCGGACUCGGGAUCGACCCAAGUAGCUCGACCGAAGAUUGAAAAAAUGAGCGCAGAAGUUGUCGACUCCAAUCCCUACAGUCGUCUUAUGGCUCUAAAACGUAUGGGAAUCGUUAAGGACUAUGAGAAAAUAAGAGAAAAGACCGUUGCAGUUGUGGGGAUAGGCGGUGUUGGUAGUGUUGUGGCGGAAAUGCUCACACGAUGUGCUAUUGGUAAACUUAUUCUAUUUGAUUACGACAAAGUUGUCGACUCAAACCCAUACAGUCGUCUCAUGGCUCUAAAACGUAUGGGAAUCGUUAAGGAUUACGAGAAAAUAAGAGAAAAGACCGUUGCAGUUGUGGGGAUAGGCGGUGUCGGUAGUGUUGUGGCGGAAAUGCUUACGCGAUGUGCUAUUGGUAAACUUAUUCUAUUUGAUUACGACAAAGUGGAACUGGCAAAUAUGAAUCGAUUAUUCUACCAACCUCAUCAGUCAGGUCUUAGUAAAGUUGAAGCUGCUAAGGAUACUCUUACUCACAUUAACCCCGAUGUUGUCAUAGAAACUCAUAAUUACAAUAUUAUAACUGUGGAGAAUUUCAACAAAUUUGUAGACCGGAUAAGACAUGGCUCAUUGACUGGAGGAAGAGUCGAUUUAGUUCUUAGCUGUGUUGAUAACUUCGAAGCUCGGAUGUGCGUCAAUACGGCAUGCAACGAAGAAAAUCAGGUUUGGAUGGAAUCGGGUGUGAGCGAGAAUGCUGUUUCUGGACAUAUCCAGUAUAUCGAGCCUGGACGUACUGCUUGCUUUGCUUGUAUUCCUCCUCUUGUUGUCGCAUCAAACAUUGAUGAAAGGACUUUGAAAAGAGAGGGUGUCUGUGCUGCAUCACUGCCGACGACAAUGGCAGUUGUCGCUGGAUUCUUGGUGCAGAAUACUCUCAAGUAUCUUUUGAACUUUGGAGAAGUCUCUAUGUACGUGGGCUAUAAUGCUCUCCAAGACUUCUUCCCACGACAGGAAAUGAGACCAAACGACCAAUGUGAUGACCGAUUCUGUAGGCAAAGGCAAAAAGAAUAUCAGGCCAAGAAAGCAGCUGAAGCGAAAACGGAGGUCAAAGCAGAAACGAAAGAGGAGGAAGUGGUGCAUGAAGACAAUGACUGGGGUAUUGGUAAGUUCUUUGAUUUCACAGAUUGGAUAGGCUCCAAAUAA